ACUUCGUUCUAUCUGACAAGACUAGUCGGUAGUCGCAAAACAAAAAUAAUUAAACAAAUGAAAAUUUAAUAAUAUAGCUCCAGUUUGCCAAAUAAUUAAAAAAAAUAAUUUAAAUGUUUUCUUAAAAUACAAAUUACUUAAAAGAUUAAUUGUUGGAUUUUAAAGCUAAAAUUAUUUGUCUCAUUUCAAUUUAAAAACUACUUUAAUUUUUAAUUUCUGUUGGGAAUUUUUAAUAGUGCAGUGUUAUGUUGGGCAAGGUGAUGUCAAAAGAAAAUGUCGUUCCGUUUGUUUUGGCGCUAACUUUAGGGGCUUGUUUGUCAGAAUUUGAGUUUGUUGUGUUUUUUUAUAAUAAAAAUAAUCUUCGAUUUUAGACCAUGUUUGUAUUAGUAUUAUAAUGUAUACCUGUAUAGUUAGAAUUAUUGUGCGGAAAUAUAUAGAUUUUCGAAAAUCCUGUGAGAAUAUAAAGUAAACGUGGUAUAAUUUAAGUGAUAAGUGUGUUUUAAAGACUUUAUUGUCAAGACUCGCCGUAAAAAUGAAUAAGUCCAGGCAUAGUUUGAAAGCGAGGCGCUCUCUUGGUGUCAUCAAUGCAGAUUCGCCAUUGAGAAGAAAGUCUUUUGGUGUAGCUCCUGUUGCUUCCGUGGAUUUACCAGAGAAUGAUGAUGCAGCGGAACGAGAGAGAAUAUCCUCUGCUACUGUCGACCGGUCUUCAUCCAUUUCAGUGGCCGAAAAGUCCACACCAUUGGUUUCGGCAUUGUCGGGCCUUACUGCGGACGAGAUGACAGAGCACUAUGCCAAAUGUAUGAAGCUCUCUUCUGAAAACAAAAUCACUACCAAGAAUGCAUUUAGCCUACAGUUGAUUGACUACAUGGCUACAGUGUUCAAAAAAAAAACCUUUGAUUCAAGUAACUUCCAGGUGGCAGGUGUGGCGCUGGAUGCAGGUGCCAAGAUCUAUGGCUGCCGCGUCGACAAUGUGCAUGAGGCCGUGCUCAGGAUGGCAGGCGCGCUCGCGCAGGAGAAGAAGAAAAGUGGCAAGGGUGACAAUGAAGGUAACGAAGAGAAUGUGCCAGAGGAUGGAACAGAUGGGUCCAGCAGAAGAAAGAAGAAGGUUCGGAAGCGCAAGUCUGUGCUGGCGGAGGACCCCUCGGUGCUGAACGCCAAGGAAGACGUGGUUCCCCGGACGGACCCGUACUUCCAGCGGUUCGUCACAUCGGUGGGGGAGAGCCAGGAGGGGAACUGCAACUUCCUGAACAAGCUGAGGGUGAAGGACGACGGCUGCAAGCUGCUCCUCUUCCCGGAGCUGCCCUUGUGGUCGGAUGGGGGCAAAGAGCCGGGGCGGGCGGCAGGUUGCGACCGCGAGGGCUGCAAGGCGAAGCUGCCUCGGCUGCCUGUGAGCGGUUGGCAGGAGCAUGAGAUCUGCUCGGCAUUCAGUCACUUCUCGUUUAACAACUGGUCGCUAGAGAUGGAAGAAAGGAUGUCUGUGGGCCACAGACUGAAUGAAGACUGUGAUAUGGAUGGCAUAGAGCCUCUGGCAACACCUGCCCGUCUUAUGCCAGACGAAGACUAUGCUUUUGACAUGGAUGCAGAAGUCGCGCCAUUGGAGGACAAUCACUACGGCCACUCGGACGAUGACGAAGUGAGCCUGGAGAGGGGUCUUGCGUGCACCAUCAGCAAGUCCAAGCGAGAUGUCAUAGUGGAUGUCCGCAAACACUUGUCGGUCGUCCCGCAAGAAUACUCGUUUUUCAAAGGCAACCUGAUGUCUCUGUGGGCGGGGCCCAACCACUGGAAGGUUGUGCCGGCUGCCAGAGGGAAGCUGUCAAGCGAGGCAUGCAAAUCCUCUGUGAAGCGAAGGAGGAGAAAAGAAGCGGAGGUGAACUUUGACAUUGACUUGGCGGCCCUGCAGGAUCAUUUCUCGGCGGGGAAGGGCGUGAAGCUGAGCAGAAAGACCAUACAGUUGUGGAGCAACGAUAAGACCACCUUGCCUCAGGAUGAGCACUUCGACCCCUCUGUGUUCUACAGGUUAGGGCUGAGGAGCUGCAUUAGUGUGACGCGUGUGGACCACAACAGUUCUCAGAUCAUCGAUGAUGAUGUGGAUGCCUACAACUACGACAAUGACAACGACCGCCAGAGCUUCUGCCCAGACCUGAAUGUUGACGACAAUGGCCAGCAGGAUGACGGGCUCACUCAGAACUACGAGGCGAGUCUGCUGCCGAGUCAGGAUGUUCAUAGUACUGACAUGCAGCCGACUGGGACCUUCACAGGGGACAACCUGGUUGCCCCGCCCCAAAAGGUGGCAAAAAUAUGGAUUCCAUAUGCUCUCAAGGCCAAGAAGAUGGACAUGAAGAAGCUUAAGGACAAAAUUUGGUACCUUUUGACUACAAUGAGCUUGCCAGAGGACACGACGCCUGUCAUCAACCCAGACAGGAUGGCGGGGCAGGUCCUGUUCAGCAAGGUGUACCGCACCCUGCCCUCAACGCUCUCCCAGACCAUGCGGGAGAACCUGAGCUUCCCUCUGGCCAUGUUCGCUGCGCUGCACCUUGCCAACGAGAAGAGCUUGUGCCUGGAGCACGCGGACGACUUGUCGGACUUUGUCGUCAAACAGUUCUGAGUCGGCCAACCGCUGCUCCAGUUUGUACAUUUUUUUUUAGUGAAUCUGUAUAUUUGUGAUACAAAUUUUAAAUUGGUCGUAUGUAGAGGCUCACAGAGAUAUUUAUGGAUUGAUUUAGUUGAUUUGAUUGACUAUGUAUUAUGUCGAAUUAUAAAAAGUACCCUGUGAUGGGCCCACGGCACACAGCGUGCAGGGGAAUCUUAAAAAAUGGACUAUGCUUGCUAUGCCGUAGAACACACCACAACUAUGCACAAGCCACAAAGUAAUUUUGUCCUUUGGGGGGGUUGCCUCUCCCCCUCUCCUGCAGUCGGGGGCUUCCACAAAGCUUUAAUACAAUCCAGCCUAUGAACACCAUUGAAGGGUCCCCUCCUUUACCAUUUCCCUGAGACGAGUUCAAAUUACGAGCGAAACUUUUAGUCUUGAAUAAUGGGUAUUAUUCAUAAAGUAUAUACGUACAAUAUAUUUUAAAACAAAUUCUAGGCUUUUUACUAUUUGCCAGGUUUUUUUAUUAUUUUAUUUAGUCCAAGUUGUUUUAUUUGUAAAAGAAAUUAAAAAUGAUACUUGUUUGUUGUUUGAUUUUAUAAAGUACAUUCUUUACUUGCUGUAGAAAUGUUAGGUGGGUGAGUGUAUGCAGUGAAAUCUUAUUACUAUGUACUCACUACGAACUUGAAACUAAAAGUAAAACAUUGUGUAAAGAUCUACAUAUUACUUAAAGUAAAAGAUUCUUCAAAAUUGUGGCACUAUAUUAAAGUUCGACUGUGAUUCAUAUUUGUGACUUUUGGUUCACUGUUUGACAUACAUAACAUUUUUUUUUUCUUUAAUCACAUUUGACGUAAUACUUCAAAUGUUUGGCUUAUUGAAUUGAACUAUAGUUUCCAAUUUUCAUGUAAUACAAAUUUCUCUUCAUAUUUUGUAUGUAAUUGAUUACACUGACCUGCAAUGCUGGCAUGCUGAUUCUGAAAGUGAAGUCAAAUUUUCUCUAUCGCAUCACGUUUUAUUUUUUUUGCAAAAUCAAAAUGAAAAUAUGAGACAUAUGAGACACGUGCACAUGCAAUAUUACAAUUAUCACAUAUAUGGAAUGUUUUUUUCACUAUUGUGAACAUAUUAUGUAUAGAAAUAUUUAAAGUAUUGUGUAACAGAUUUGAAUGAAAACACAGCCAAAUAGACUAAAAUUUGUUAUACAUUAAGUCUCAUAACUAGAGACCCCGAAAAAUGGUGAAGCGCAAAAUUCACGAAAUAACACGAAAAUUUGAUACUUUAAACAAAUUUUGUGGCUUUCCUUUGAUUUCGACAUAGUCGCGAAAUUCACGAAUUUUCGCGUGAAGUUCAUGCUUUUUCGUGCGAGAUUCACGCUUUUUCGCACAAAAUAAUGUCCUUAUGUCGCAAGUUCUAUUUAUUUACGCCAUCAUAAACAUAGGCGUGAAAUAAACAUAGAUUGAAAGACUAGUGCCGUGAUAUUAUCUUCAUUUUGACACGUUACUGAAAUCCACAUAUUUUUAUUACUCUGUUUACAAGCAGUAAAUAUUGCAAUCGCAAAUGAAAACAAAAUGUAACAAAUGUCAACAAUCGAUAUGUUCGCACUACCAACAUAACAAAAUUGACUGUUCACAGUUUUUGUGUUUUGAAUAAUGGUCGUUUCUGCCGCAAGGCGCACUGGUGUUGAUUUUUCUAACCUAAUUUAAUCGCAUGGAGCUAAGAUGGCAGUCAUUUUUGCAUGCACAUAUCUAUGAGUGUUUACAACUACCGUCCACAUUUUGUAAGUUUUGUGAUACAAUUGAAUUUAUGGCUAAGAUGCCGAAAACUUCGACAAUGUUUGAUUGCGAAAGAGAGAUGAAAUCGGAUGAUUUUAUAUUUUUGAUCAGCGGGACAAAAUUAUGAUGUGCAAGUUCUGCAACGUGCGGGUUGAUUGGACACGCAAAGACACGUUCAAAAAGCAUGUGGCAAAUGACACGCACAAAACAAAAAAGACAAUUAUUUUGUCAAGCAUUCUACCGUGUCUAAAAAAAUUUCGAUAGGCGACAGCGUGAAUAAAGCAAAUAAGCUUGAAAGUGCAGAAAACAAGAAUUUGUUUCUGAUUUUGUUAAUGUGAUGCUGUAAGUUAACAUUCCUUUGGAAAAAGCUGAUCAUCCAGUUAUGAGGGAAUGGUUUAACACCCAUGUUGAAGGUUAGCCUUAUUUAUUUAGAAAUGUUUUCCCCCUCUAUUAAAAGUUCAUAAGCAUAUGUAGGCCUACAAUAUUAUUGAUUAACUCACCUUUAGGCCCAACUUACCUUUACUUCAAAUAAAUAUGCAAGUACCUCAGAUUAACAAACACAUAAAUAGGAUGGAUUGCAUUGUGAAAUUGAGUAAAUUAGCUUUAAUAUUUUCAGUGAUAACCUUAUAAAUGCUACCUAUUUAUAAGUAUAUUGUAAGUUAUGUAUACAUUUUAGGUGCAGGGGAUUUGUCAUCAUCAGCCAACACUCUUAGAGAAACUUAUGUCCCAAAAAUUGGCCAGGCAAAUAAGGAAGCAGUAAGGCACACUGUAGAAGACAAACAGAUUGUAUUCUUGUGUGAUGAAAGGACAGACAAAGUGGGCCGAUAUAAGGCAGAGUCUGCUACUUUGUAGUGCCUAUGAAAGAUACUAUGGUAACUGUUGUGUUACACAUUUGUGUACCAACCAAAGCUUACCUGCAGAGGAGAAUUUCUAGUAUGUACAGUGAGAUAGACUAUAAUUGAAUUUGAAUAUUGAAAUACUGUGUAUUGUAACUUAGGAUUUUUAAUGGAAUAUCUCGAAUGUUUUUAUUUUUCCUGUUUAUGUAAAGAAGAUUUUCACAUACAAAAUUUAACAGCUAUUUAUAAUUGUAUUUUUAUGUACAAUACAGUAGAACCUCGAUGAUACGUUCCCGUUUCAUACAUUUUCCCGUGUCAUACGCCGAUUAAUUUUGGUCCCGCCGAAAGUUCUAUAUUUACAAUGGUUUACUUUCCCGGAACAUACACUUAUAAAAUCUUUAAUUUCCCGUUUCAUACGUUUUUACGAAGCGGAAAAGUCCUAAAAUUCACAAUUUUUUUUGUUAUAUUCCUCCUGAUAAACUACGUUUUAAUGCUUUUAUUUUGAAAAACGUUCAUUGUUUACCUUUGCAAACGUAAGAAAAUAACUUUAUCGCACCAUAGAUAUGGAUAGUAUCGGGAAGACUGUGCACUUCGCUAUUAGCAUCUAUGGCCAGCACCAAGCGAGACUAGUGGCGCGAAUGAUUAUGAAAAUGGUGCACGUGAUUUACCAAGGCACGGAUCUCAUAUUUUGUGCAUUCAUUAAUCUUUGAACUGAAUAUACUUGUUUGUAGGGAUGGGAAAUAUAGUUCUUUGGAACGAACUAGUUCGUUCGGAACUAGUCACUUCAAAGACUAGUUCUUUAGGAACCGUUCUAUUGAACUACAUCGGUCGCGGACUGUAUCGCGGUUUCCAAUGUUUAAACAAAAUAUUCCAUACAUUGCACCAACACAAUCGUUACAGACUUUUUGUUUUAUGGGCAUUUCUUUUUCUAUAAAUAAAAGAGGCACACAGUAAUCCGAUGCUUGUAAACAAUAUCUCCCAUUACAAAUGAGCGACUAUCAUAUUGUUUUUCUUUCACACACUUCUUACAUUUUUGAAUGUGUAUUAAUUUAUUUUCUGCAAGUAAAGUGCUUAUUUUCACAUGUUUACAAAACAAAAUAAUGGUAUAGUGUUUUCUCAUCUGUGACAACCUAAGCUGAUUUUUUUCGUAUUAGGUAAGUUUUAUUAUGUUUCUUUAAAUUUUAGUGUAGUUUUGUAAUGUGUGGUCUAUGUGUAAUGAAAGUUUAAUUUCAGGUUAUAUAGGCUAUCUGAAAUUUAACGUAAUUACACUUAUUUACGUGACACGUUUUUUAAUGUCAAUAUGUAAUGUAAAUGUCUAAAGAAUAUUAGAUAAAAAUUAAGAGUUCACGAUAGUCAAACGAUACUAUCUAUGUCUUUGAACUAGCUAGUUCAGUGUGUAUAUGUACUCCCUUUCUCUUCGGUCUUCGUAGUUCAGAUCAGUACUUGGAAUAGAGGUGGGUCGAAAAGUAUCAACCUGAUACUUUGCCACUGAUACGCGCCUGUAUCAGGAACGGCAAACGAGUACACUUGAAAAGUAUCAGAGACUUUAGUAUCAGUUCAGAAUUCACCUGGAACACCACGGCCAAUGAAUACAGUACCCGAUCGCAGAUGACGGUCACUUGGGCGGAGCUUGUGAAAGGGGAGGGAGCAGGAACGACGAAUAAGGGAUAAAGAAGGGAAAGAAUGUAGGGGAGGAAGCGCAGGGGAAGGCGUUGAAGCCUUGAAGGAGAGGCGCAAAGCGAUAUUGUUACAAGCAGGGCUGCCACUCAUGGGUUUUUCCACCCAGAUCUGGGUUUUUCCAAUGGUGUUUGGGUUUCUGGGUUUUUAAAUAAUGAAUUCCAACAAUUCUAGGUUUUUUAUAAUUUUAAUUAUUUUUAUACCUAAAACAAUAAUAAAGGUAGUAGCUACUGUACCGUAAAACGGGGUGAGAAUGUGACUGCAUGGGUGAGAAUGUGACAACACACAUUUCUGUCCUUGAGUGCACUCCUGGUGAGUCACAGCAAAGUUAUUUUUUCGAUCAAUUAAUCGUUGAAUUCUUUAGAUUUCGAUACAUGCGAUGGAAGUGUUUUUGUUGUCAUACUAUCUAUGGCCUAUUUGUAUGAAUUUUUUCUGCAAAGUUGGGAAAUAAACGUGUUGUUUAAAUAUAGAAAAAGUGUUCCAGAAAAGGGAUAUUCCGAUGUUUCAUACAUAAAGGUAAAAUUGGUUUUUGUUAACUACAAUUAAUACCAAGUUAUUUGCUGUAUAAAUUAUCUGAAUAUUAUGAAACUGUAAUUUUUGAAAGAAGGUUAAGUAAAAAAUGUGCAUUUGAAGGGGUGAGAAUGUGACAUCAGUGUCACCAAUUCCAAUUUUAAAAAGUCACAAAAUCCCUCAUAACAUAGACAAGAUAUUCAAAUUAUCAGAAAGACUAACUAAAAUAAAUAAUUUAAGAUUUUAGAAAGACUUAUAACUUUAUGUUAAAUGCUUUAUCAGCGACAUUUUGUAAGAUUGUUUAUUUAUCAAUGUUCUUUGGUAUUGAUGUUUUUGUUCAUUCUUUCAGAAUUACCUACAGUUUUUACCUGGUAGUUGUUUCCAGUAUGCCACGCAAUUACAAAAAAAAAGUUGGCGGCAGAACGUAUCGUAAUUGGACAGAUGACCAAUUAAAGGCUGCAAUUGAAGACAUUAAAUCUAAAAGAGAGAGUCUACGUUCAGCUUCUGAAAAGUCUGUUAACAUUUGAUUUCUAUCAUAAUUAAUUUUAAAGUUAUUGUAUAAAAUAUUAGGAGCACAAAGAUAAUGUUAAUUGUUUAAAUUUUCAGAUAUGGGAUCCAUAAAAACACUUUGUGGAAAAAAAUGCAUGGCGAAUUGUCAUCCAAAACAGGCGGACAAACUGUACUAACAGAGGAGGAAGAAAACGUAAUUGUUGCUCAUCUCAUCACUGUUGCAACUUUUGGCUUCCCCUUCACCAUUUUGGAUCUUCGAUUGGUGGUCAAAUCAUACCUUGACAGGUUAGGGCGAAUUGAAAGAAGAUUCCAACGUAACUUACCAGGUAAAGAUUGGGCAGAUUUGUUUUUGAGACGCCAUAAAAAGGAGCUAACUCAGCGGACAGCUCGUCCCAUUUCACGAGUUCGUGCUGCAUUAGAUAAGGAUGUUAUUGUUGAGUAUUUUAACCAUUUAGGCAACAGUAUUGAUGGAGUGCCUCCUUCUCAUAUAUGGAACUAUGAUGAGACGAAUAUAACGGACGACCCUGGAAAUAAGAAAGUACUCGUCAAGAGAGGAACCAAAUAUCCCGAUCAAAUUAAAAAUUCCACUAAGGCUUCAGUUUCUGUAAUGAUGUGUGGGAAUGCAGCAGGGGAAAUGGCCCCACCUUAUGUCACCUACAAGGCUGAAGGACUCUAUCAAAGUUGGACUGAGGGAGGACCACGUGGCACACGCUAUAAUCGCUCGAAAAGUGGUUGGUUUGAUGCUAGGAUAUUUGAGGAUUGGUUUGAGGGAUUGAUGCUCCCUAUACUAAAAAAGCAAGAUGGUGUUAAAAUUUUAAUAGGAGAUAAUUUAAGUUCUCACAUAAAUUAUCAUGUUGUUGAACUGUGUGAAGCUAAUAACAUAAGGUUUGUAGCAUUGCCUCCCAAUUCCACACACUUGUUGCAGCCAUUAGAUGUAGGGUUCUUUAGACCAAUGAAGGGAGCAUGGAGGAACAUUUUAAAUGAAUGGAAAGAAAGUGACCAAGGUAGGAAGCUGAGAACAAUCCCCAAAGAGAGUUUUCCUGUUUUUCUAAAAAUGUUAGUUGAAAAUCUAAAAGUGAAGAGCAGCCAGAAUUUAAAAUCAGGUUUUCAAGCAUGUGGCAUAGUUCCUCUAAAUCAGGACGCUGUUCUCAAAAAACUUGUUGGCAACGAGAUGGCUUCAAGUGAUCUCCGUGAACAUGUGGCAGAGUCCUUUCUGAAUGAGAUGGAAAAGAAAAGAAAAUCAGUUGUUUGUGUUGUGCAAAGGAAAAGGAAGAAAAUUGAUGUGCCACCUGGAAAAGGUUUCACCACCGCUGACAUUCCUCACAUGAUCCAAUCUCAACCUACCACUCUGAUGGAAAUUCAAGAGCAGCAACCUUCCACCUCUGGAGUAGUUCAAUAGAUUCAGCAGAAGCCUCGUCAAACGAGCGGGACAAGGAAAAGGAAGGCCAUAAAAAGGAAACAAAAAGAUUUCUCAUCUGAAGAGGAAGAGGAGAGUGAGAAAAUAAUUGAUGAUGAAAGUGAAGACAGCGUAACAAGCAAUUUUUUUCAAGAUUCUUCUAAUUCUUCUGAGGAGGACAAGUCUGAGGAUGAACAAGAACCCCUCACUCCAGCACCUGUCUCUGAACCGCAGUACGUAAAAGGAGAUUAUGUAGUGGUGACAUAUGAGGGAAAAAAUUAUCCUGGUAUUGUCAUUGACCUGGAUGAUGAUGAUAUUCAUGUAUCGACUAUGAUUCCCUGUGGAAAGUACUGGAAAUGGCCAGAAAAAGUCGAUUCAAUUUGGUACAAACGUCAUGCUGUUUUAUUCAAAGUUCCCCCACCUCGACAAAUAAGUAAAAGAGCAGUGUUUUGCAUAGACAUGAAGCCUUAAAUACACGUUGAUGAAUUGUAAACAUUUUGUAUUAACUUUAUAAUUGUAUUGUGUCAAUGUAUGGUCUGUAUCAGUAAAUCACUGUAUCGUAGUUCAUUGUAUUAAGCUAAAAUGUUUUUGUGUAUGUUUAACUUUAUUUUUUCUUCAAUGAACAUGUGUUUUGUGGUCUAAAAUACAUUGAUUACUUAUUUUUGUAAAGCAAAAUGUAAUUUAUGGGGUUAGAAUGUGACACUACUAACUUAGCAGCAAAUAUAAUACAAUAUUGCUAACGUCACAUUCCCACCCCACUCAUUGGGGUGAGAAUGUGACAAACAAUUGUUUUAAUAAAAACAUUUUGAAUCCAUUUUUGAAAAUUGAUAUUUUCAGAAAAGUAAGAAAAAGGUGUUAUCCAUCAUAAAUAAAAUUUUCAGUCCAUAAAUAUAAAUACUGUAGUUAGGGAAGGUCAAAAACUAAGAAACCUGUCACAUUCUCACCCCGUUUUACGGUAUCUGUUGCAAUAUCUGUUUGAUAAAUGCAAACAAGUCUAUGUGUUUCACACACAAAAAUACAUAUAAACACAAAACUAGUUUUCAAGAAGCUAAGUCGAAUAUUAAAUUAGACACAUUCUUCAAAGAGGCUUGCAGAACACAAAACCAAUGCAACAAUUAACCUUCAAACCAAUCUUGUAGAAUCAGACUCUGAAUAAAGACUAACGUACAUGAUGCAGUUUUAUAAAAACAAUUACCGGUUUAAAGGAUGCAGUGAUGGUGUUUGUUUUGUCAUGUAUCAGGGCCGUAACUAGGAGAUUCGUUAGGGGGGGCAAAGCUUAAUUUGCCGCCCCCUUCUUACCAACAUUAUAAAAUACCCUUUUUCGUUAGAAGCGGUGGUUGAAAUGAUACCAUUCACUUAUACAUAAUUGAGAACUUUUAUUUAUCAAGUAUACUAAUUGGAAAACUAAUACAAUUACAUUUUUAUUAUAAUGAAGUAGACUGUUAUCAAACUAUUGUUUAUUGUUUGCACAACAGUGAAAAUUAAUGUCUUACCAAUAAGUUUAUUAAGUACUCAAAUUACAUAAGGAACAUGUGCUUCUGAAUUAAGUAUAAUAUUGUAUUGAUAACCAUACAAAGAAAUUCAGUUCAAAAUUUAAUUUUUCGAGCAUGAUUAGCUGCAAAAGUGUUAAUAAUAUCAUCAAAAUUGAUCAAAGCAGCUCGUUUGUGUUCAAUAGAUAUAAAUAAUACUUAGAUUUGUUAAUCUCUGCUGGCCCAUCGUGCUUCUCAAAUAGCUUUUAAUAAGUUUAAGUUUACUAAAUCUUCUUUCACCUGACGCAAUUGUAACUGUAAGGGUGAAAAACAUUCUCAGAGCAGUAGUAAUGUUAGGAUGUGCCUCCUCCAAUUUAAUUUUGUAGAUAAGGCUCAACAUUGUUGAUGCUGUAGCAUCUUUUAAUUCAUAGUCUACUGUUAAUGCAUGGUGCUUAAUACUUUCAAUUUCAAAUACGAAUUCUUCUUUGUUAAGAUCGGCCCUGUGUUUCCUAAUUCUGCUGCUUUGACUUUUAAAUCUUCUACUUCCAUUUUAUGAAUUUGAACACCACUAAAAAAUCCAAACUUAUUGUUAAUGUUCUCCAAAGCCUUAAACCUGUUACUCAGUUCCAUAAUUAAUCUGUCAAUGACUUUCAACAUUACAUUUGGACAUACGCCAUUGCUAAGCACUUUUUCUGUAAGAAAACUAAAAAAUAAAAUAAAUAAAUAAGUAAAAAUAACCAAAAGACAAAAAGCACAAAUUAAGCAAAAAAAUUGCUGUUGUCAACAGAAUAUAAACACCACAAAAUAUUCCGUAACAGGAAUAUGGUCAACAAACAAAAAAAACAAAGAAAAAUGUACUAAGAGAACGAAAAAAAAAAACCACAAAUCAUGAUGACACAAAAAUAUUGAACCCAAAAAAAAAUUCAGCACAAUGGUUGAAACGAGACAAAAACACGACAAAACGAAAAGACGAAACAAACACAAUAGUUUUUCCAAAACAGAAACAAGCGACGUUUCGGGAACUGCUAUCUGCUCCCGUCCUCAGGCAGAAACGCACAUGGUACGAAAACACAGUAGCGACUGAGUAGGGGAUGGUAAAAUGAGGGUAUUUAUCAGAGAAAGGGCUACAUCUUGCUCAGCCAAGUGAUCACCCGCGAAACGGGUCCUUGAGAUACCAGCUCUCAUCGCAGUGGUUUUACUCACUCCAGACCACGAAUUAUGGUAAUACUUGUUUCUUAGAGUGAAGUAACGCAUUUGGAGUACGAAUAUAUUUACAAAUUAUGCAUAAUCAAGUUAAAUAGAAUUUCUUAAUUCCUUGGCUAACAUAUUGGUUGCGAUAUGUACACUUUCAAAACUUUUUUUAAUGACUAGAAUCAAGUUGUUUUAGUGAACCAUUUUUAAUAUUUUGCCGCCCCCUGAUAUUUGCCGCCCGGGGCACAUGCCCCCCAUGCCCCCCCUUAGUUCCGGCCCUGUCAUGUAUAUAUUUGUAGGUUUUUUUAUGAUAUGUACUGGUCCAAGAAUUACUUAUACAGCCAUUUUGCUGCAGUGUAAUUUUCUUGUAUUGGUUGUAUUUAACCGUUUUCAGUCUUGUAAGGUAAUUAAUUGUUUUAUAUUAAAACCAGUUAUGUUUAUAUUUUUGAAUUAGUACGCAAACAUUUUCAACGAUAGCAUUUUAGACGCAUCUGGGUUGUUUACCCAUGUGUCUGGGUUUUUUUGUAGGUUAUCUAGGUUUUUCAUGAAUAUCAGAGUGGCAGCCCUGGUUACAAGUCGUUUUGUUUAUUGUCCUACUUCAAAGUACGCUCAGUGCGCAGUGCGUGCACCGUCUCGUUCAAUAAUAAAACUAAUGAAAUUUUAAUAUUAAAAAGUACAUUAAUACAAGAUAUAAUAUUUAUAUUUGUGCACCUAACAGCUAUGAAAAUGCAAAUAAAUUCUCAGUUGACACUAAUAACAGAUGUAAUCAACAUAUGGACUUUCUUUUUUCGAAAACAAUUAGUAACUAGUGUUUUUAUACAUUAAAAAUUCACGAUUUUAUCAAAAAUAAAAAAUAAAAAAACAGAUAGGUACAUUAGUGAGCAUACUAUAUCAAUGUUUAUGUUUCAAAUGUUUCUUCAGAUUAGUCGAUGAUUUAUAACUCAGUUUUUGUUUACACAAAUUACAAUUAGCAAACUCAUUAUUUUCCGUGAAAAAAUUCCACACAAAUGAAGUCUUUUUCGUGCACUUAUCCAUUCCUUAUUUCACUAUAAAGAUACUAACUACAAAGCAUGACAGCCCGCAAAAUGGUGAUACACGGCCAGGACGAACUGCAGUGAAUGUUGAACUGAUUGAUACUGGCUGUAUCAGGCGGGCAUGAGAGUAUCAGAGGUAGAGAAUUACCGGGCGUGAUAAAUAAUGUAUCAGAUUCUCCUUCCGGUCGCACGGUCUGCGUACGCGGAGCUUUGUUGCCUCCUGGGACCGUCUGAUACAGAAGUAUCAGAGACUUGUACCUAGGUACAUUACUGUAUCAGUAUCAGGUUGGGACUGAUACCGAAAAUUGCUGUCCCAACCCACCUCUAACUUGGAACGUCUCUGCUUGGAACUGACUAGACUUGUGUAGUUCGCGAUCGAACUAGUUCGGAAGAGCGCUCCCACAGACGAACUACGCGAACUAGCUCCCAGAACCCUCGCUCCUCAGUUCAUUAGCUCGUUCUUUUACCGAUCUCCUUCUUUUAGUUCUGUGCACAUGAUCUGGCUCUUAUCAAAAGUCGUCACUCGUUCUCCCUUUCGGGUAUUAAUUACGGCUUUUUUUCUAUAUCUAAUUGUAAGGUAACAAAUUAGAAGAGUAAUGGGUCUCUAUUCUUAAUAAUUUACGUAAUUUUGUAGCCUGUACAUAAUAACACAUUUUUGUUGAUUAUUUCUUAAAAAAAAAUAUAAUUUGUAUAUUUAUAAAACGGU